AUGUAUCCCGUUCUGGGAUUACAUCGUUUACCUGACACGGUAGUAACUCUCUACAAUUUACAAGUCUUGCUUUUGAAAUAUUGUCGUAAACUUCAGAAGUUGCCUCUAAACAUAGGGAGGUUGGUGAACUUGCGCCAUUUUGACAUGACUGGCGUGGAUAUUCCAUCAUCAGAAGAGAUGUCGCUACAUAUAGGUAAAUUAACUAGUCUCCAAACAUUGUCAAAUUUUAUAGUGGGUAACGAUUGUGGGCGUAAAAUAGGAGAGUUGAAAAACCUAUCACACAUUCGAGGGGCAAUACACAUAUCAAAACUAGAGAAUCUCAAUGGUGUUAAGGAUGCAAGGGAUGCCAAUUUUAUGUCUAAGGAGGAGUUAAAAGAGUUAUCACUAGAAUGGGAUGAAUCUCGUAGUUCACAGAAUGACAUAGUUGAGAGGGAUGUGCUUGACGUGAUGAGACCUUUCAAAUUUUUGGAACGACUCACCAUCAGUGGGUAUGGCAGUACAAAAUUUCCAAACUGGGUUGGAGAUGUUUCGUUCUCCAAAAUGGUGUUCAUGCGAUUAAAAGGUAGCAAAUGUUGCACAUCUUUGCCACCACUUGGACAACUACCCUUGCUUAGAGACCUUUACAUUGAAGGAAUGAGUGCAAUAAAGCGCUUGGGUUGUGAGUUCUACGGGCAGCAGUGUGGUGCCAAACCUUUCCCCUCUCUAGAGAGACUGAGCUUUAAGUUUAUGCCAGAAUGGGAGGAUUGGUCUGCUUUUGAAACAGAGGGAGUUCAGCCGUUCGGUCAUCUCAGUGAGCUUUCCAUCAUAAAUUGUCCCAAACUUGUUGGAAGAUUACCAAAUGAUCUUCCUUGUCUCAAUUCUCUCAAAAUUGAUGGUUGUCCGCAGUUGUUGAUUGAUGUUUCGAGCCUCGUUCAGCCAUCACUUACGUCCUUGUCAAUGAAUAAUAUUAUGCUCCCAAGCCUUCCAGCACUCUUAGGGACGAAGAACACGAUUGAACUUGGUUCCCUCACCUUGGAUAUUAGACAUGUUACAGUCCUCGACUCCCUCUGCGAUCCAAGCACAAUUGAUGAAGAGUUACUGGCUAAUGAAAUGUCUAAGCAUUUGACUUCAAUAACUGCUUUGAGCAUUUCUCAUGUUGAAAAACUGGCGUUCCUACCGACAUGGUUUACUCGAGAUUUGAUGGGACUCGAGAAAUUGGACAUUAGUAACUGCCUAGAACUCAUAACAUUGUGGUGGAAUAUGGAGAGAAUACAAGUAUGUCUCCCUGCCCUCUGCCAUUUAAAAAUUUCUCAUUGCCCCAAACUCGUUUGCUUGUUUGAAGAAGAGCAAGAAAAAGGAGGAGAAGGCUCGAAAAAGCAUCAACAUGAGGGGCUGCCUUGCAUGACGAGACUCGAGUAUUUGAAAAUUCAAGAGUGUGGAAUGCUGAAGAAACUGCCACAAGAUCUGCACACAUACACAUCUCUUGGGGUGCUUAGAAUCUAUGGUUGUGCGAGUCUGAUCUCUUUUCCAAUGAAAGGUUUGCCAUCUAUGCUGAGAGAACUUCAGGUUACAAUGUGUGAUGCUUUGGAGUCCCUACCCGAGUUGAUGACACUCAAUAAUCUGCAAGAGUUGCGGGUUUCUUACUGUGCGUCACUCACAUAUUUAUUGUCAAGAGGUGGGCUACCAUCCACACUAAAGCAACUUUGGAUUGACUGGUGUGAAAAUCUGGAGUCACUUUUUGCAGAGGAAGGGAUAAAAAUUGAUUGUCCAUCUCUUGAAACUAUUUGUAUCCAUUUUUGUGGGAGUCUCAAAUCUUUACCAGAAGCCAAUGAUCUCAGGAAUCUCAGUCAAUUGGUGAUAAGAUGGUGUUAUAAUCUGGAGCCCCUGUCACUUGGUGGUCCUGAUCAGAACAACAACAUCAACCAAUUCACUUCGCUUCAAAAGCUGUGUUUAUAUGAAUGCAGGGCUGGAAUGGUCUCCUACUUUGUCAAGGAAGGGAGUUUCCCCACCAACAUCACUUCACUUGAAAUCGGGAGUUUGAAAGUGGACAAAGUCGGUCAACUUCCAGUUCUGCCUCCAUCUCCAUUAAAGUGGGGUUUGCACAAACUCUCUUCUCUUACCACACUCAUACUUCAAGGCCCGGAUUGGCCGUGGGGAGAUACGGUGUCCUUUCCAGAAGAAGAGAUGUUCCUGCCCACCUCUCUCAUCAAUUUGACCAUCAUCCGCUUCCCAAAACUGGAAAGACUCUCUUAUGAGGAGUUUCAAAACCUCACAUCUCUCCAAAAACUUAAAAUCUUGAGGUGCCGUAGUCUCACGUCCUUUCCAAAUGAAGGGUUGCCUCCAUCUCUUUUGCAUCUAUCGAUCGAGGACUGCCAUAAGCUUACAACCUUUCCAGAACAAAGCUUCCCUCCCUCGCUUUUGUCACUGGAGAUCUGGGGAUCUAAUCCAAUACUGAAACAGAAGUGUGAAAAGGGGAAAGAAUAUUGGCCCAUCAUCCAAUACAUUCCCCAAGUUUAUUUAGAUUAA